CUGCGCCGCCGUUGUUGCAAAAGGGGCGCGGGCUUUUUAUUGUUACCGUCAUUGCAUCAACCUUUCAGCGGCUGCAUGAACGAGGCUCUAUUGAUCAGUCCGCGAUUGCGUGGGGGCAUCGUCAUCUGAGAGGAAGCGGCGAAUCAGGGAUGAAGAAACAGUGUUUCACCUGAACCUUUGGCACUCGAACGCACCACCUGCGAAACAGACUUCCGACCAAAUGCAAUAAAAUAAACCGACAGAUCUGAUCUGUUAUUACCUAGUCCCACUCUAGCAAGUUGUCAUCGCGUUCAUUGUCUUCAUAUGGCUUUAAUUAGCGGGACCGAAUCAGGAGAAUAGGGGUGAUAUAACACAGCCGGUCCAAGCCAUGGCAGUGAGGAUAUCGGAGCCGCUCUGUCAGCCCUGCGGUUACCAUGAAGCUUUUAAAGUGGAGUUACAGGUGAAGAGACCUCUGAUGCCUGUCCAGCUGAGUCCUGAGCAGGUGGGCCUGGAGAUGCUGUGUCUCUGUGGGCAGCUGGACCUCCUCAUCAGGUCACAGAUGCAGCAGGUAGAUUUCCAGGAGCAGUUAGGACAAGGGUGUAGCCCAGAGGAAUCAGACACAUUCCAGGCUCAAGGAUCUGAGAUUCUUGACCAGAUGCUGCAGUGCCUUGAACAUCUACCAAAGCCUAUGCCACAGUUAGAGGACUACCUGGACAUGGUGGGACUGUCAGCAAUGUUUCCUCGAGUUGAGGUGUUCCUUAUUCAAGGUAGUCCUGUUGACAUGCUGGAAAGGCCACCAAUGGAUGAAUACUACUUCCACAUUGCCAAACUGAACCAGCUCCUUGUGCUGAGUCAACAGCUAGAAGAGGAUAUCAGGCACCUUGGAAGUCAUAAGUACAUUGCCCACCAGCUCUCAGUUAUAUAUGUAAGAGUGAUGAACUAUAACCACCCUCUUUUUAGGAUUUUGUUUUAUUCCACAAAAAAUUGCUUUGUGCUAUUUAAUGUCUCUGUUUUACAGCAAGUCCUCAGCUCUUUCAGGGGAAUUCAGGUCUUCUCAGAAAUAAAGAAGGAUAUUGAGGCCAACUUCAAACAGAUGAAACAGUCUCUGGUGGUAGAGGAAGGCUCAAGGCACGAGCCUCAGCUGGCUGUUCAUUAUAUCAACUGGAUAUUAGAAAUAACUCAAAGCUUAACAUCGAUGGUGCUGUCACUGCCAGACGAGCUGACAGAUGACGUUCACCAGGCCGUGACCUUCGUGUCUCAGUUCCUGUCCUGACUCACGCUGAGGAACGCCUCUGUAACUAUGAAUCCUUCUCCAGGGCUCUCCUGCUUCAAAAGCAACUGAUUAUGUUACGACCAUUAAAAGGUGCUACACAAUACGAUUCUACAGAAUAAUAGUGGGGUUGAAUAGCCCACCUGUUUAAAACCACAUAGGUUUUUUGUACAUCGUCUUUUGGAGUGCAGCCCUUAUUAGUCCCUGUGCUGAAUCGGUUGGUUGGAGCUGAAUGUAAGCUUAUUGAAUCCCAUCUUGCACUAAUGUUACAUUUUUUAAAACCUAAAGCAGAAUAAUAA